AAAUCCGAAAUCCCAAAUCCCACUAUUCCCUGUCGUUCUCAGCAUGCCGGUGGGGGUGGAGGAUGCCACGUCCUCGGCCAGCAUCACCCUGCGGGUGCAGCCCCACAUCACCAUCGGCACGCUCAAGGAGCAGGUGUUCCGCGAGUACGGCUUCCACCCUCUGGCGCAGCGCUGGAUCAUCGGGCAGAGCCUGUGCUCGGACGGCCGCAGCCUGGGCUCCUACGGGAUCCGCCGCGACGGGGACCCGGCCUUCCUCUUCCUGCUGUCGGCGCGGGCGGCGGGGCUGAGCCCGCAGCACUACCGGGAGCAGCAGGCGCAUGGCCUGCUCCGCGCCCUGGCGCUGGACGCGCCCGCCGACGCCGCCGGGGACGCGGGCAGCUCGCCUGGCGCAGGCCGUGGCCCGGAGCCCCUGGAGCGGGUGGACACCGGCGACGUCCGCGAGCACCUGGACUCGCUGCAGCUCUGGGACGGUGCCGGGGCCCCGCCCGCGGCCCCUGAGCCCCGCCCGCCCUCACCUGAGCAGAGCAGAGCAGUCCCAAUCCAAUCCCUGAGCCCCGCCCGCCCUCACCGGAGCAGGCGGGCUGGCCGUGCCCCCCGGUGCACGUUCCUGAACAAGCCCACGCGCCCUGGCUGUGAGAUGUGCAGUUCCCCCCGGCCCGAGGGGUACCGGGUGCCGGGGCACCGCCCCGACCCCGCAGAGCAGCAGCGGCUGCAGAGGGAGCAGGACGGGACCCGCCAGUGCCAGCAGGCGCUGGAGGCAGAGCGGCAGCGGAACUUCCAGCAGCUGCUGCGGGCGGAGGAGGCGGAGCUGGUGCCGAACCCGGAGCCGCUGGAGUGCGGGAUCUGCCUGCAGCCGGUGCCGGCGGGCCGGGGGGUGCUGCUGCGGGACUGCCUGCACAGCUUCUGCCGGGAGUGCCUGCGCCAGGUGAUCACCUACAGCGAGGAGCCGCUGGUGCCCUGCCCCUUCCGCGAUGCCACCUACGCGUGCGGCAGCCACCUGCAGGAGCGUGAGAUCCGCGCACUGCUAUCCCCCGAGGAGCACGCGCGCUUCCUGGCGCGGGGGCUGGCGCUGGCCGAGCGCCGCAGCCGGAACAGCUUCCACUGCCGCGGCCGCGACUGCCCGGGCUGGUGCUUCUACGAGGACGCCGUCAACGAGUUCCCGUGCCCGGUGUGCGGGGCCCUCAACUGCCUCCUGUGCAAGGCCAUCCACGAGGGCCAGAACUGCCGCCAGUACCAGGACGAGCUGCAGCUGCGGGCGCUGGACGACGCGGGCGCACGGCAGACGCGGGACAUGCUGCAGACGCUGGUGCAGCGGGGCGAGGCCAUGCACUGCCCCACGUGCCGCAUCGUGGUGCAGAAGAAGGACGGGUGCGACUGGAUCCGGUGCACCGUGUGCCAGACCGAGAUCUGCUGGGUCACCAAGGGACCCCGAUGGGGGCCGGCGGGCCCUGGUGACACCAGCGGCGGCUGUCGCUGCAACAUCAACGGGCAGAGGUGCCACCCCCAGUGCCAGAACUGCCACUGACCCCAGGGCACCCCCAGGACACCCCCAGGACACCCCCGGGGACACCGAGGGAGUGGCGGAGGCAGCGCCCGGCUCCGGGCCCGGAGACGCCCGAGG